AGCGCAAGCAUAGGAUUGACUUCGCCCAGCUGAGCGGUAGUGUGCACCAUAAUCUGCUCUCCACCUGCUCCCUCAGACUUGCUUCCGUGCAGCUGCACAUGUAGAUCCUUGCCUCGCGAAUCCUUUGAGGUUCGGGGGAAUGCUCUUGGCGUAGAUGACACACAUGAUGCGUCGCAUCCGUAGCUAGGUGCUGUCGCAUAUGGAGCAGAUACGUCUACUUGUUUUCGAGAGGUGGGAGUCUGAACACUUCGAGGCGGCUGCAGGAUGAGUGGGCGCUGGAAGUGAAACUCUCCCGGAGCUCGGACUUCAGACCCACUGCGGACUUAAGCUUCGAAAGUUUUGAAGAUUGAAGCUCGCAGCGACAAAUUUGUACGCAUUCCCACACACAACAUGGCGCAACGAGCGGGACAGAAGCGCAAGGUGAUCGAGGUCCCACGGCCUGAGAGCAGUGAUGACGAGGGAGAUUUCGACGGCGAAGAGCUCAAUGGCGCCUUCGAUGAGAGCGACAGCGCAGAAGACGACAGCGAGGACGAAUUCGACAGUGAAGCAGAUAUCGAGGACGAGGAGGACGAGGACGCAGAGCUGGACAGCGACGAGAUUCCUUCAUCGGAGGACGAGGAGGACGUGCGGGAUCAUAUUCGCAAUUUGAAAUCUCGUGGUGCAAAUGCAACGCCAGAAAAGUUGAUGGGCACCGGCACCGGCAGAGAUAUACAGAAUCUGUCUGUCUCACCAGAUCAGGGCAUGAAGCGUCUCGAACUUCAAGAUCGCACAAAAACCUCCAAUUAUCGCAUCGAAAAGGACGCCAACGGAAACGAACGCUACGUCUACCAAGAGAUCGAUCCCGCCUACGACACCGACGAUUCAGAUGCACCCGUCACCUCGAACACGAUUGGAAACAUUCCACUGUCAUACUACGACGCAUAUCCACAUAUUGGGUACGACAUAAAUGGCAAGAAGAUUGCCAGACCGGCCAAGGGCCAAGCACUCGACUCGCUGCUUGAGAGCAUAGAUCUACCAGAAGGAUGGACAGGCCUCACGGAUCCGUCCACUGGCAAACCACUCGAGCUGAGCCCGGACGAGUUGGAGACGCUGAAGAAGUUGACACGCAAUGAGCAGCCUGGAGAUGGAUACGAUCCAUAUCCGGACUAUGUCGAGUGGUUCACUGGGAAAGGCAUGGAGGAAGUUAUGCCUCUCUCUGCUGCGCCGGAGCCAAAGCGUAGAUUCAUUCCAUCUAUGCAUGAGCAUAAACGGGUCAUGAAGAUGGUGAAGGCGAUUAAAGAGGGACGGAUCAAACCCUUCCGAACACCAGACGAGGAAGAGCGGGAAAGGGAAGAGCAAGAGCUGGAAUAUGCUUCUUACGAUGUGUGGGCGAACGAGGCACCUCGACCUGACCACCCUAUGAAUGUGCCUGCACCGAAAUUGCCUCCUCCCGGUUACGAAGAGAGUUAUCAUCCACCUGCAGAGUAUCUACCAGACAAGCAAGAACGUGAAGAGUGGGAGAACACAGACCCCGAGGAACGAAAACGUGACUUCUUGCCUCGAGACCAUUCCGCUCUGCGACGCGUUCCUGGCUAUGACGAGCUUUUGCACGAGAGAAUGAACCGAUGUCUCGACCUCUACCUCGCCCCUCGAGUACGACGAAGCAAAUUGAACAUCGAUCCUGAAUCGCUGCUGCCCAAAUUACCUGACCCUUCAGAGCUCAAGCCGUUCCCAACGACAUGCCACAAGACUUUCAGCGGACAUGAUGGCCAAGUACGGACAGUGGCUGUUGAUCCAACUGGUCGUUACAUCGCUUCCGGAGGGACAGACGGUACCGUGCGUAUCUGGAGCAUAGAGAAUACUCGUCAAGUCAGGCGCAUCAAGCUUUCCCAAUCCGAGCCGGUCAACGUGGUCGCGUGGCGGCCUGGUCACAGUGCAUUCAUUCUCGGAGCAUGCUGUGGAGAGACUGUAUACUUCAUUGUGCCACAACUCGAGGACAUAACUGAGGAGGUUGACAAUAAUGCGCGCGACAUUAUCGAUGCUGGAUUCGGAUAUGAGGCGGCUAAUGCUACGAAGACUGUCGAUGGCGCACCUAAACCGAAGGCUGCUACCUGGGAACGGCCGCCUCAGAGCUUACAGGACAAGGGAGUCAUGCUCACAAUCACCUUCAGAUCGACACCCAAGACACUGGUGUGGCACCGAAGAGGUGAGUACUUCUCGACAGUGUGUCCGAAUUCCAAUUCGACUUCGACCUCUGUUGCGAUACACACUCUCAGCAAGCAUCAAACGCAACACCCUUUCAAGCGACCAAAGGGCUUGGCACAGACCGUGUGCUUCCAUCCCUCGCGCCCGCUUUUCUUCCUCGCCACUCGACAACGGAUACGUGUGUAUGACCUGCAAGCUCAGAAGCUAGAGAAGGAAUUGCAGCCUGGAGCACGCUGGAUCAGCGACAUCUCUUUGCAUCCUAUGGGCGACAACCUCCUUGUUUCGUCGUACGACAAGCGACUGCUGUGGCACGAUCUUGAUCUCGGAAGCACGCCAUACAAGACUCUGAGAUACCACAGCAAAGCCAUCCGCAGUGUCAAAUUCCACAAUUCACACCCUCUGUUUGCAGAUGCUUCAGACGAUGGAACGCUGCAGGUAUUGCAUGGCAAAGUGUUUGGCGAUUCGAUGGAGAACGCUACUGUCGUGCCUCUGAAGAUUCUGCGAGGACACAAGAUCAAGAAAGACAUCGGUGUGCUUGCUGUUGAUUGGCAUCCAGUGGAGGCUUGGCUGGUCAGUGGAGGCGCCGACGGGACAGUACGCUUGUGGGCAUAGAUGUGCUUCUGUAAGCUAUAAGACUAGAUCUGUAAUGUCAUGGAUCGUCAUGUCCAUAAUUUGUUCGUCGUUUGUUCAUACUUCAAUUCA